ACUGAUGGGCGCUAUGUACUAAGCACAUGCAGUGCAGCACUAGCACAGAUACGGCGGUCGGGAAUCGGAUGAUGCGAUACGCCGUUUGUUCAGCUAACAGUCCACCGGUUGUAUUUUGCACAUACUCUUGGAUAGACCAGAGUGGCGGAGGCGGACAUGUGUUUCGGUAAGUUCCGCUCGUGUUUUAUGAUGCUUGUUACCAUGGGUUACUUACUUAUGAUGUCCGAGUCCAUAUAUGCCUCAACAACUGGGAAUCGAUACCCGAGGUAUUCUUGGUGAUCAUCAAAUUGCAUCAGGAGGCAGGUCAAAUCAUCAUCAACUCCCCCCGCUACGUACGGUAUUAUUAGACCCAUCAAAUCACUUCGCUGACAUCAUCGAACGACUGCAACGCCGACGUAAUUCACUGUUGUUCCAUCUCCGUACGGGUCACGCACCACUCACCAAACACCUACGUCGAAUAACGAAGUCAGCAACAGCAACAUGCUCACAGUGCGAGGAAAGCAACGAAUCAGUACACUACUUUUUAUUCAUUUGUCCAGCCUACACCAGACAACCCAAUACCCUACACGCAGAACUGCACACGAAAGCGCACCAUAUGAAGCAUUUACUCGAUGAACCCGCUUGCUCAACACACCUGUUCAAGUACGUCGCAACUUCAAGAAGAUUCGAAAUGGUGUUCAGUGCCACGUUCCCCGCCCAUAGCGAAGGCCCAGCAAAGAACAUAGUUCACGAAGACUCCGAAAUGGUGUUCGGUGACUCCGUCCAAGGAGAAGGACCAGCAAAGAAGUUAACGGAGACUCCGAAGCGCACCCAUUGUACCCACUAUCCUUUUCACCUUCAGCUGGUGUCAAUGUCCGCGCUCCAACCAAGGACCAUGGAACGAGACCCAUCAUCCAAGACAACAAAAAACGUACACACGGUAUACAACAUGUAUCGUCUAACACAGGGCGUCGCUCCAACAGACAAUAAACAAGGAUCAAAAAAACAAUUAGUUUGGAAUCUUCUGCAUCUCGUCUGCAAAAUUACAACACGCUAACUCUGCGAUCGUGAACAGAAUCCAAUCAGCUAUAAUCAGUAUGAGGUCAACACUGUAACAGUCGGCACGUCGAGUCUGGUGGUAAAGACAUCGAGGGCGAGGCUAUCGUCCCGGAUGGUGGUGGAUAAAAUGCCAUCAUCCGUAGAUCUGUGCAGGUUAA